AUGGCGGCGAUAGCGGCACUGUGGCGGAAGGCAACGGACUAUGUGAAGACCAAGGAGUUCCGGGAUUAUGUGACUAGUACACACUUUUGGGGUCCGGUGGCCAACUGGGGCCUACCAAUAGCUGCCUUUCGGGAUAUGAAGGUGUCUCCGGACAUCAUCAGUGGCCGCAUGACAACAGCGCUCAUCCUCUACUCGAUGGCUUUCAUGCGCUUUGCUUACCGCGUAAAGCCUCGAAACUUGCUGCUGAUGGCCUGUCAUGGCACCAACGUGGUGGCGCAGAGCAUGCAGGCGAGUCGCUACAUGGUCUACCAUUACGGCGGCGGCGCUGAGAAGACCACUGCUGUUGCCACCGUCGUGGCUUCCACCGCCACCACCACUCCAACCGCUACUGAAGACACCCCUUUCACCACCGACGACACAGCCUGUGACUAGGUGGCCACAAGCCCCAAUCUGCAGUCCCCGAAAUGAGAUUAAUGACUGAGAUGACCCUAUCGAACUUUUGCAGCUUGCAAGCACUGAACUGU